AUGCGAAGUGCAUGGUGGGGUCAAUAAAGCGAUCGCAGCGCAUGGGGUGAUGAAAAUUGGAACUAAUCAAGGAUAUAGCGUCUUCAACAUUUCGUACAAGGUACAUGUACAUGGCUCGAAAUGGAACUCUAAUUUAAGAUUACUCCUGAAAUAUUCAUUAAAAUUGUAGUGUAAGGGACCAUUGUAAUCUGUAUGAUUUUUUUUAUAUAACAAACGUAUUUAAUUUGAUAAUUGUUAAUACUGUAUCCGUGUAAAUAGCUUUGAAAAUGCCAUAUAUUUUGUGAUCAUUUUCUAGAAGAUAAGAAUGGGUAUAGUAAGUUAUCCUUCAAAGAUAGACAUUCACAAUCGCGGAUUUUUUUGUAGACCCAUGAAAGAGAGACAACCCCACCAUACAUUGUGUUAUAGCUCAAGGCAGCGUUUUCGAUCACAGCUAGCGUGAUUUUUCCGCCAACAUCGUCAUAUUUCAACCAAUUUACAUAAAACCUUAAAAAGUUAUACCUAAACCUUUCUCAAGAAGCACUCUAUUUAUAGGUGAAAGAUGUAAUGAAUUGACGUUUACCCCUAGAUUUGCGGAUGCUAGGUUGCGAGACAUUCGUGCACAUAGCGAGAUACGUAGUUUAAAAAGCAUAGUUUCCUUUUUUAAUUUAUCAAUAGACUUUUCUCUCCGUUCUGAUUGUAGGUAUGUAUCUCUGUUUGGGCUUAUAGCCCGUAAUUUGUACAUUGUUGUAUGUAUUUUGUGCUAGAAAGUAUAAAUUAAUUAAUCAAUAGUAUUAUCGAGGAAGCAAUACAGUGGUUUUCCCAAAUUAUGAUAGAAGACACGGUACAGCCAAUGCCGGAAAAUAGCAGUAUUUAAACUUCACAAAUAGAUUUCAAAAUGACAGUAAAUGUUAAGUUCGAAUGGCGCUCUAAAUGUUAUUAAAAAUUACAUAAAAUUCGACAUAUCUGUUUUUUGCGCUUUUCAUUGGAAGUCACUAAUCUACUCUGAUAACGCAACCAAAUGUUCGUGGCAGUACUUCGUUGAACUUGACGCCAACGAGGAUAAUAACAUAACUGGGCCACAACAAUUGGCCAGGAUCUCUGGUGACACGACAGGCAUUACACGUCUGAUCGCAUUUUAAACUAAUUGGACAGUGCCCGGAACCCGUAGAAAAAUGAGUAAAUUAUUUGGCUCUAAAUCCAAUGAUUUUGAAAAUGAAGCAUUGGCUGUUCACAAUGACUACAGAAGAGAACAUGGGGCUCCUGCUCUCAUACUAAAUAAAGAUAUUUGUAAAACUAGCCAAAAAUGGGCCGAAGAACUCGCAAAAAAAGAUCAUAUGCAGUACAGCCUCCAUGAAGAGUAUGGAGAAAACGUGUAUUGUGGUUGGUCUCAUGAUCCUAACAUAAAAAUAAGAGCACGUGACUGUAUCGACAAAUGGUAUAGUGAGAUAAACGAUUACUCGUUCGGCAAGGAACCCGAAGUAUUAAGCUGUGGUCAUUUUACCCAGAUUAUCUGGAGGAACACAAGAGAACUAGGAAUUGGAAGUGCUAAGAGUAAAACGGGCAAGCUCUACGUGGUAGCGCAUUACUUUCCUCCAGGAAAUAUCAGUAAUCAAUUCGUGAAAAAUGUUUUACCUCCUGGCGCUUUACAAUUUAAAUCAAAUAGAAUGCCAACGAGCGGCACUGCGCGAAACUCGAGUACAUCACCAUUGCCUGGCCAGAGAAAUAGCAAAAAUCUUGGUGAUAUUGCGUCGGAUUUAGUCAAUAAAUUUAAAAGUACAUCUUUGUCUGGCGAUAAAUUUGAAGAAGAAUUUUUGGCAGCACAUAAUUUCUAUAGAAAAAAACAUGGUAUCCCUCCUCUAGAAUUAAGUAAAAAAUUGGGUAAAUAUGCUGAAGAAUGGGCAAAAUUUUUGGUUAAAAAAGGACGAAUGGAACAUAGGGAUCAACAGGAUUAUGGAGAAAAUAUUUUCUAUGCUUGGUCUUCGGAUCCUGACUUUGUCGUAUCUGGGAAGGACCCGGUAGAUAAGUGGUACAGUGAAAUAAAAGACCAUCGUUUUGGCAGAGAACCUAGCGACUUAGGAUCUGGACACUUUACGCAAGUUAUAUGGGAAGAUAGCAAAGAAGUAGGAGUCGGCAUGGCGAGGUCAAAAGACGGUCAUGUGUAUGUCGUGGCAAACUACAGCCCACCAGGUAAUAUAAUGGGCAGCUUUUCAAAAAAAGUGCGCCCGCCAUUAUAAUCUUCCCUUUUACCAAAACACAAAAAGGCCGCCCGCCUUUAUUAAGUUUCUUUUUACUAAAACAAUACUAAUUUACUAUUUUAAAGUAUCCUUGCUAACCCUGUAGGGCUAAGAUGGUCGGCUCUUUAUCAUUUGUCACAUGCCUGUCACGUUCUAACAAGUAUGUAAGCGCAGAAGUGACGGGUGUAGUGACAAGUGAUAAAAAUGGAACCAUGAUACCGCCGCUGGUCGUGUAAAGAUGUGUAUAUAUUCAAUUACAAUUAUAUGCCUAUGUUUAUUAUUUAUUCAUACACAUAUGAAUAUUUUUUUUAUUUGGUUUAGUGCCAUUGUAUUUUAAUGCUUAUAAUUAAUAAACUUCCACAUAAAUAAUAUAUA